GUUUUCCAUACUCACGCAGUGGUUCCGACUCUAGUACAGCAAUCAUUGUGACGUAAUAAGUCGCAACUCCAAGCGUAGAGGUGAGGGGGCGGACGCCUACUGGAAAACUCCGGGAGAAUUCGUUGUCUUCCGUCCCUUUCUUAUUACGCAACGCGGGGAAAGACUGGAUGACCAAUCAGGAGCCCCGAGGGACUCGGCUCUUUCAGCUCCGCCCUUCCGUAACCUAUUUAGUUCUCGCAUUCUGAAAGGCUGAAGCUCCGCGAUGGCGUUUCCGUGGCAACAGGAAAGCGCGGGAAUUACAGAUUAAUUGAAACUGCGACUGCGCGGCUUGUGUUUUCAAGACCGAGGACGGUCGGGGGGCUUUUCAGAGAAUUGGGCCUCUAGGCCCGGGAAGCCCGGGCGCUUUGCCCUGAGUGAAGGAAGAAAUGGAUUUAUCUGUGGAUCACAUUGAAGAAGUACAAAAUGUCCUUAAUGCUAUGCAGAAAAUCUUAGAGUGUCCAAUCUGUCUGGAGUUGAUCAAAGAGCCUGUUUCCACAAAGUGUGACCACAUAUUUUGCAAAUUUUGUAUGCUGAAACUUCUCAACCAGAAGAAAGGGCCUUCACAGUGUCCUUUGUGUAAGAAUGAUAUAACCAAAAGAAGCCUACAAGAAAGUACAAGAUUUAGUCAGCUCGUUGAAGAGCUCUUGAAGAUCAUUCAUGCUUUUGAGCUUGACACAGGAUUGCAGUUUGCAAACAAUUAUAACUUUUCAAAAAAAAGGGAAGAUAACUCUCCUGAGCAUCUAAAGGAAGAAGUUUCUAUCAUCCAAAGUAUGGGGUAUCGAAACCGGGCCAAAAGACUUCGACAGAGUGAACCUGAAGAUCCUACAUUGCAGGAAACCAGUCUUAGUGCUCAACUCUCUAACCUCGGCAUUGUGAAACCUCUGAGGACACAGCAGCAAAUACAACCUCAGAAUAAGUCUGUCUACAUUGAAUUGGGAUCUGAUUCUUCUGAAGAUACAGUUAAUAAGGCAAAUUAUUGCAGUGGGGGAGACCAUGGAUUGUUAGAAAUCACCCCUCAAGGAGCCAAGGCUGAAGCAAAAAAGGAUGCUUGUGAGUUUUCUGAGAAGGACAUAACAAAUACUGAACAUCAUCAUUCCAGUAAUAAAGAUUUGACCGCUACUGAGAAGCAUGCAACUGAGAAGCAUCCAGAAAAAUAUGAGGGUAUUUCUGUUUCAAACUUGCAUGUGGAGCCAUGUGGCACAGAUACUCAUGCCAGCUCGUUACAGCAUGAGAACAGCAGUUUAUUACUCACUAAAGACAGAAUGAAUGUAGAAAAGGCUGAAUUUUGUAAUAAAAGCAAGCAGCCUGUCUUAGCAAAGAGCCAACAGAGCAGAUGGGCUGAAAGUAAGGACACAUGUAAUGAUAGGCAGACUCCUAACACAGAGAAGAAGGUAGUUCUGAAUACUGAUCCCCUGUAUGGGAGAAACGAACUGAAUAAGCAGAAACCUGCGUGCUCUGACAGUCCUAGAGAUUCCCAAGAUGUUCCUUGGAUAACAUUGAAUAGUAGCAUACAGAAAGUUAAUGAGUGGUUUUCUAGAAGUGAUGAAAUGUUAACUUCUGACGACUCACAGGACAGGAGGUCUGAAUCAAAUACUGGGGUAGCUGGUGCAGCAGAGGUUCCAAAUGAAGCAGAUGGACAUUUGGGUUCUUCAGAGAAAACAGACUUAAUGGCCAGUGACCCUCAUGGUGCUUUAAUACGUGAACGUGAAAGAGGGCACUCCAAACCGGCAGAGAGUAAUAUUGAAGAUAAAAUAUUUGGGAAAACCUAUCGGAGGAAGGCAAGCCUCCCUAACUUGAGCCACGUAAUUGAAGAUCUAAUUUUAGGAGCAUCUGCUGUAGAGCCUCAAAUAACACAAGAGCGCCCCCUCACAAAUAAACUAAAGCGGAAAAGGAGAGGUACAUCAGGCCUUGAUCCCGAGGAUUUUAUCAAGAGAGCCGAUUCGGCAGUUGUUCCAAAAACUCCUGAAAAGACAAUUGAGGGAACUGAUGAGACAGAGCAGAAUGGUCAGGGGAUGAAUAUUACUAGUAAAGGUCAUGAGAAUGAAACAAAAAGUGGUAAUGUUCAGAAAGAGAAAAAUGUUAACCCAACUGCAUCGUUGGGAAAAGAACCUGCUUUUAGAGCUAGGGCUGAACCUAUAAGCAGCAGUAUAAGCAAUAUGGAACUAGAAUUGAAUAUCCAUAGUUCGAAAGCACCAAAGAACAGGCUGAGGAGGAAGUCCUCUACCAGGCAGAUCCAUGCACUUGAACUAGUAGUCAAUAGAAACCCAAGCCCACCUAGUCAUACUGAGUUACAAAUUGAUAGUUGUUCUAGCAGUGAAGAGAUGAAGAAGAGAAAUUCCGACCAAAUGCCAGUCAGGCACAGCAAAAAGCUUCACCUCAGGGGAGAUAAAGAACCUACAACUGGAGCCAAGAAGAAUAAUAGGCCACAUGAACAAGUAAAUAAAAGACCUAUCAGUGAUGCUUUUCCAGAACUAAAUUUAACAAAUGUACCUGUUUUUAUUACUAACUGUUCAAAUUCUAAUAAGCUUCAAGAAUCUGUCAGUCCUAGCCUUCAAAGAGAAGAGAACCUAGGGACAAUUCAAGUGUCGAACAGUAACAAAGACCCCAAAGAUGUGAUGUUAAGUGGAGGAAAAGGUUUUCAAAUUGAAAGAUCUGCAGAGAAUACCGGUAUUUCCCUGGUACCUGAUACUGAUGAUGGCACUCAGGGCAGUAUCUCAUUACUGGAAGCUGACACCCUAGGAAAGGCAGAAACAGCACCCAAUCAACAUGCGAGGCUGUGUGCAGCAACUGAAAACCCCAAAGAACUUAGCCUUGGUUGUUCUAAAGGUGUUAGAAACGACACAGGGGACUUUAAGGAUCCCCUGGCUCAUGACGUUAACCACACUCAGGAAGCAAGCAUAGAAGUGGAAGAGAGUGAACUUGAUACACAGUAUUUGCAGAGUAUGUUCAAGGUUUCAAAGCGUCAGACAUUUGCUCUGUUUUCAACUCCAGCAAAUCCAGAAAAGGAAUGUACAACCGUCCAUGCCCACUCCAAGUCCUUAAGAGAACAAAGUCCAAAAGUCACUCAUGAAGGUGGACAAAGAGAUGAAAAUCAGGGAAAGAGUGAGUCUAAAGUCAAGCAUGGGCAGUCAGUUCAUACAGCUGUGGACUUUCUAGUGGUUGGUCAAAAGGAUAAGAAGCCGAGUGAUUUUGCCAAAUGUGGUGCAAAAGGAGUAACUGGGCUUUAUCAGACAUCACAGUUCAGAGGCCACAAAACUGAGUUCAUUAAUGCAAAUAAACCUGAGAUUUCACAAAACCCAUAUCUCAUACCAUCCCUUUCUCCCAUCAGAUCGUCUGUUAAAACUAUAUGUAAGAAAAACCUGUCCGAGGAAAAUUUUGAGGAACCUAAAAUGUCACCCGAAAGAGCAAUGGGAAAUGAGAGCAUCAUUGCAAAUACAGAGAGCACAGUUAGCCAAAAUAACAUUCAAGAGAGAACUUUUAAAGAAGGCAGCUCAGGCAGUCUUAAUGAAGUCGGGUCCAGUACCAACGAAGUUGGCUCUAGUAUUAAUGAAGUAGGUUCCAGCGGUGAAAACGUUCGAGCAGAACCAGGUAGAAACAGAGGACCUAAAUUAAGUGCAACGCUCAGAUUAGGUCUCAUGCAACCCGAAGUUUAUAAGCAAAGUCUUCCUGUAAGUAAUUGUAACCACGCAGAAAUAAAAAGGCAAGGAGAAAAUGAAGGCAUAUUUCAGGCUGUUAAUGCAGAUUUCUCCCCAUAUCUAAUUUCAGAUAACCCCGAACAACCUAUGGGAAGUAGUCAUGCUUCUCAGAUUUGUUCUGAGACACCUGAUGACCUGUUAAAUGAUGACAAAAUAAAGGAAAAUCUCAACUUUGCUGAAAGUGACAUUAAGGAAAGAUCUGCUGUUUUUAGCAAAAGUGUCCAAGAAGGGGAAUUUAAAAGGAGCCCUAGCCCUUUAGCCCACAGACGUUUGGCUCAGGGUCACCAAAGAUGGGCUAGGAAAUUAGAGUCUUCAGAAGAGAGUGGGUCUAGUGAGGAUGAAGAGCUUCCUUGCUUCCAACACUUAUUAUUUGGUAAAGUGACCAAGACGCCUUCUGCAUCUACCAGACAUAAUGCUGUUGCUGCAGAGGGUCUAUCUAAGGAGGCAGGGGAGAGCCUAGUGUCACUGAAGAAUAGCUUAAAUGACUGCAGUGACCAGGUAACUUCGACAAAGGCAUCCCAGGAGCAUCACCUUAGCGAGGAAGUGAGAUGUUCUGGUAGCUUAUUUUCUUCACAGUGCAGCGCGUUGGAAGACUCGGCCGCCAAUACAAACAGCCAAGAUCCUUUCUUGAUGUUUGAUCCUCCUUCCAAACAAGUGGAGCAUCCGUCUGAAAACCAGGAAGUUCUGAGUGACAAGGAAUUGGUUUCAGAGGAUGACGAAAGGGAGACUGGCCUGGAAGAGGAUAAUGGCCAAGAAGAGCAGAUUGUGGACUCAGACUUAGGUGAAGCAGCAUUCGAGUAUGAGAGCGAAACAAGCUUCUCUGAAGACUGCUCAGGGCUGUCCUCUCAGAGCGAUAUCUUAACCACUCAGCAGAGGGAUACCAUGCAAGAUAACCUGCUAAAGCUCCAGCAGGAAAUGGCCGAACUGGAAGCUGUGUUAGAGCAGCAUGGGAGCCAGCCUUCUCAUCGCUCCCCUUCCCUCAUAGCCGAUUCCUGUGCCCCUGAGGACCUGCUAAAUCCGGAACAAAACACAUCAGAAAAAGAGAGAGAGGUCCGGUACUUCAGGAAUUGCACCUUAUCCACAGAAAGCCCACCUAUGCAGCAGACAGCAAUAUUAACUUCAGAAAAAAGUAGUGACUAUCCUAUAACCCAGAAUCCAGAAAGCCUUUCUCCUGACAAGUUUCAAGUAUCUCUGGAUCGUUCCACCAGUAAAAAUAAAGAAUCAGGAAUGGAAAGAUCUUCCACUUCUAAAUCCCAGUUGUCAGAUAGUAGGUGGUAUAUGCACAGCCCCUCUAGAAGUCUUCAGAACAGAAGCUGCCCAUCUCAGGAGGAGCUCAUUCCCGUUAUUGAUUUGGAGGGGCAACAGCUGACUAAAUCUGAGGCCCAAGAUUCAGUGAAGCAGUCUUAUUUGCCAAGACAAGAUCUAGAGGGAACCCCUUACCUAAAAUCUGGAAUCAGCCUCUUCUCUGAUGACCCUGAGUCUGAUCCCUCUGAAAACAGAGCCCCAGAGUCAGCUCACGUUUUCAGCACGCCACUCUCAACUUCUGCUCUGAAAUUACCCCAAUUUCAAGUUAAAGAAUCUGCCAAGAGUCCAGCUGCUGUUCAUACUACUAAUACUGCAGGGUAUAAUGUGACGCAAGAAAGUAUGAGCAGGAAGAAGCCAGAAGUGAUAUCUUCAACAAAAAGAAACAGCAGAAGAAUAUCUAUUGUGGCAUCAGGCUUGACUCCAAAAGAAUAUACGCUGGUACAGAAGUUUGCCAGAAAACAAAACAUCACUUUAACUAAUCUAAUUACUGAAGAGACUACUCAUGUCAUUAUGAAAACAGAUGCUGAGUUUGUGUGUGAACGGACACUGAAAUAUUUUCUGGGAAUUGCAGGAGGAAAAUGGGUAGUUAGCUAUUUUUGGGUGACCCAGUCUAUUAAAGAAGGAAAGAUGCUGGAUGAGCAUGAUUUUGAAGUCAGAGGAGAUGUUGUCAAUGGAAGGAACCACCGAGGUCCAAAGCGAGCAAGAGAAUCCCAGGACAGAAAGAUCUUCAAGGGCCUAGAAAUUUGUUGCUAUGGACCCUUUACCAACAUGCCCACAGAUCAACUAGAGUGGAUGGUGCUCCUCUGUGGGGCUUCUGUGGUGAAGGACCCCUCAUCAUUCACCUUCCGCCAGGGUACUCACCCAGUCGUGGUCGUGCAGCCGGACGCCUGGCCAGAGGACAGUGGCUUCCAUGUGAUCGGGCAGAUGUGUGAAGCACCUGUGGUGACUCGAGAGUGGGUGUUGGACAGCGUAGCCCUCUACCAGUGCCAGGAGCUGGACACCUACCUGAUACCCCAGGUCCCCCAGAGCUGCUGCCGGCCAUGUACCUAGCAGAUAGGGCCUGUCUCCACAGGGCCCCAAGAAUGAGCUUAAGAAGUGGCCUUUUUCUGGGCCCUGGGAGCUCUUCUUCCAUCCUUCCACAGCCCCGAUUGCUAAAUAUUUUAUGUACAUUAGCCUGAAAAGAACUUCUGGCCAUGCAAAGGUCCCUUAAAGAUUUUCUGCUUCAAGUCUCCCUUUGAAAUCUGCCGUGAGCACAAAAUCGUGGUAAUUUUUCACUUGAAAGGAGUUUAAAACCAUUUAAACCCCACCAGUUGUACAAGAUGCUGAUUCAUUAUUUAUCAGCCCUAUUCCUCGUACUGGGGCUGUUGGCUUUAAGCUGGAGGCUCAGAGUGGCUGGCCGCAGGAUAACAGCCACUAUCCUGUUCAGGUUUCCCUAAAUUUGUUUCUCAAAACCCUGGUGUCCUUAAAGGCCAAGAGUCAGAUCCGAACUAUAGGCUCUGAAACAGCAGCCUCUUCUACUUCUCUUUUUUAAAGUGUUACAGCCACUCCCACAUCACAUGAAAAUUCCCAGGCCAGGGAUUGAAUCUGAGCCACAGCUGUGACCUACGCCAUGGCCGUGGCAACGCCGAACCCUUUAACCCACUGCGCCAAGCUGGGGAUCGGACCCACACUUGCGCAGUGACUCAAGCUGCUGCAGUCAGAUUCUUAACCUGCUGUGCCACAGCGAGAAUUCCAGCAGAAUCUUCUCAAGAACUGGUGUUUAAAGAGAGUCUUCUAAUUCCCCAUUAGUAAUAAAUAAAAUGUAUAUUGUUGUAGCUCUGAUAUGUAAGCCAUUCCUUUUGAAAUAUAAGAUCCCUGAUACAUGGUAUUUCAUGUCUGUAAGAUGACAGAUCCCACCAGGAAAGGAGCUGUUUGUUUUUCUUGAGGUAAUUUUUUUCCCUUUGCUCCCUAUCGCUGAACUCUACAGCUUCAUAAAUAAUUUUGUUUGCUGAAGGAAGAGAAAGUGUUUUUCAUAAACACAUUAUCCAGGACUGUUUAUAGCUGUUGGAAGGACUAGGUCUCCCUUAGCCUCCCGGUGUGUAAGGGCAGUAAAGACUUGAUUGUACAAAAUAGGUUUUGUAAAUGUGCUCUCCCCCUGCAAAUAAACUUCGUAGCAAAUA